GGCGGCCAUUCCCCCACACGAGCGGCUUUUCCCCCUCUCGUCGCCAUUGCAAUGUGUGUGUGUAUGCACUAUACGUGCUGGCCCUAAUAUGCCGCGCUGGGCUGUGGUGUCCCGGAUGGUUCUUGGGGCGGCGGUUAUGAGAGCGGUAGCUUGUGUUGUGCCGCGAACGUAUAAAGCUGUAGGUCUGGAGCCGGGUAACGAGAUUCUGUCGGACCUGUCUCACUCAUUUCUACCUCUCUCGCUGUUGUCUUCGCUGUUGUCUGUUUGCCCCCUUGCCUAAGUGAGGCGACUGUCAUCUGUUUGGGGGCUGACUUGUUAUUGUUGCAUACCCCUGGGUUCACCCUUUUCGACCUGUCAGACAUUCGUUGAAGAUGAAAGCUUCAAAUUUGGUGGCUGCAGUAGCAGCCGUGACAGCGUCGGUGGUGAAGGGGGCUGUCAUCUGGGACGGGCGGUUCAACGACUUCAAGUCGAACAAGGACCUCACGACCUGGAGCUGGAGCAAUCAGGUCGGGCCAUAUCAGUACUACAUCCACGGCUCCGGCGCGGUAGACAAGUACAUCAACCUGUCACCCGACUACAAGAACCCCAACGACACGGUGUCGAAGCAGGGGGCCAGGUUCACGCUCGACAGCACGGCCUUCUGGAACGGCCAGACGAUGCGCCGCACCGAGCUGAUACCCCAGACCAAGGCCGCAAUCAACUCGGGCAAGGUCUUCUACCACUUCAGCAUCAUGCGCAAGGACACCAACGCCCCCAGCGUCAACCGCGAGCACCAGAUCUGCUUCUUCGAGAGCCACUUCACCGAGCUCAAGUACGGCUGGAUCAGCGGCGAGCAGGGGACCAGCAACCCCAAUUUGCAGUGGAUGACCAGCCAGAAGUCGCAGUGGAAGACAGAGUGGAAGCCUAAUGUCUGGCAUAAUGUCGCCUACGAGAUUAACUUUGGCAGCAACACCGUAGGGUUCUGGCACUCGGAGGGCGGCGAUGCUCUCAAGCAGGUAGUCGCGCCCGUGUCGGCGUCAACCUCGUCCAACGGCGCCGACUGGCACCUGGGCGUGCUGGAGCUGCCGCGGUCCGGCUACCCCGACAGCAACGAGGAUUUUUACUUCUCGGGCGUCUACAUCGAGACGGGCUCCAUCACGACGGCCAUUGGUGGGCCAUGA